AUGGCUUCAAAGAACUCCGCCUCUCUAGCUCUUUUCUUUGCACUCAACAUCCUCUUUUUCACCUUAACCGCUGCAACAAAUUGUGGCUGCAGCCCAAGUCCUAAGCCGAAGCCGAGCCCAAGUCCUAAGCCUAAGCCGGUCCCAAGUCCUAAGCCACCCAUGCAUGUCCCAACUCCAUCGGUCCCAACUCCGUCGGUCCCAAGUCCUAACCCUACGCCGGCAACACCUCCGAGCACCCCUGGCUCAUCCGGAAACUGUCCCAUAGAUGUCCUCAAGCUCGGUGUAUGUGGAAAUGUCCUAAGCGGCCUACUCAACAUACAGUUAGGUCAGCCAUCAUCUCAACAAUGUUGCUCGUUAGUCCAAGGUUUGGCUGAUCUUGAGGCUGCGGUUUGUCUCUGCACUGCUCUUAGGGCUAACGUUCUCGGAAUAAACCUUAACGUUCCGAUAUCUCUCAGCGUUCUUCUCAACAAGUGUAACAAGCAGGUUCCAUCUGGUUUCGAAUGCACUUGA